AAAGUAGUGUAUUUCAUAUAUAGAAAGAUAACUGUACGGUUUCCUCUCUGCCAUUGUUUUAAUAACAAAUGCCGCAUUGUUUUUGAGCUGAUUUGGGAGGUGGGGUUAUGCAUAGAGAAAGAAGGCAGGACCUGGUUGAUGAUGAACUCUUAUUGACCCAUCUGUGCUUCAAUCACCGACAUUACAUGUUGGUUCAGGCCUGCCUGAGGCGCUGAGGCGACCGUCCCCCAGAACUCAGGUGGAAUCUGACCUGGUUAAAUCCAGCAUUGAGGAAAUGUACCUUAAUAUCCUUGUGUUUGCUUGAUCACGUCCAACGUAAAAGCGCAUGCGGAGACCUGCAUCUCAUGUAUACAGCUGUCUACAUUUUUUUUUCGCGGUGGGACGCUGUGUCUCUGCACUAUAUCCAAGAAACACACUUCCGUAAGUGAGCAUCGCAGACGGACGAGCUCCGUUUGAGAUCCGGGAGAGGAGCUAUCGGCGGAAAAAGAGGGCAGUGAGAGAGGGUGGCAGCGGAAAAGAGGCGAUCUGUGAACCUUGGAGCUGCUCUCCUCCGGCGCAAGCAAUCCACCAUUAAAAAGGGCUUUAAGGAGGGCUCCCUCAACAAACGAUGGCGACAGUGAACGACUCGCGCCUGCAGCAGUCCCAGAAGGACGCGGCGGACCAGAACUUCGACUACAUGUUCAAGCUGCUGAUCAUCGGGAACAGCAGCGUGGGCAAGACCAGCUUCCUGUUCCGAUAUGCGGAUAACUCCUUCACCUCGGCCUUCGUCAGCACUGUGGGCAUCGACUUUAAGGUCAAGACAGUAUACCGCAAUGACAAGCGGGUCAAGCUGCAGAUCUGGGACACAGCAGGACAGGAGCGAUACCGGACCAUCACCACAGCCUAUUACAGAGGAGCUAUGGGCUUCCUGCUCAUGUAUGACAUCACCAACCAGGACUCCUUCAGCGCUGUGCAGGACUGGGCAACCCAGAUAAAGACGUACUCAUGGGAUAAUGCCCAGGUGAUCCUGGUGGGGAACAAGUGUGACCUGGAGGACGACAGGUUGGUCCCCACGGAGGACGGCCGGCGGCUGGCGGACGAGUUAGGUUUCCAAUUCUUUGAGGCCAGUGCCAAAGACAACAUCAAUGUAAAGCAGGUGUUCGAACGACUGGUGGACAUCAUCUGUGAGAAGAUGAACGAGAGCAUGGACGGCGAACCCAGCCCCGUCGCCAAUCACCGUGGCCCCGGCCUGCCAAGUGCCCCCGCCGAAAACCAAGGAGGGUGCUCCUGCUAACCCGCCUGCCCCCAGUGCCUCCCUGCCCCCCCCCUUCCUCUCCCACCGGCCCAGAUGACCCUCCAAACCCAUGUGAAUCUCCCGAGACAGCCAACUCUUUCCUGCCUGCCCCCGCUCCACCUCAGCCAGCGCUCAGCUGCUCCCUCUAGUGGCCAAACAUCCUCAGUGCGCAGCUUUCAUGGUCACUGCACCUCCAGCAUUAUUGUCUGAAGUUUCUCAAAGAUUACCUUAACUGGAAUGGCUCCCCAUGAAAUCAACCCGUGCCCCCUCCCACCCAGUCUCUAACCAUGAUUGAUCAGUCAUGGGGGAAUGACAUCACCAGCGCUCAUCACUUUCCUGGAUCCACACCUUGUUCUGUUUUUCCAUGUUGCUACUUCACAUUAAAGACUCUUAAGUGGAAAAAUAACCACUUAUUCUGCUACUGUUAUUCACCACAGUUUUUCCCAUAUAAGGAAACUUUUAAAAUAGCUUUCAGUUUUACUUGUGUGUAAAACACAUAAGCAAAUGGUCAGCUCUAUUAGGCACCCUUAUACAACCAUUUACAUAAUACAUAAUGAAUGCUGAGGUGUGCAGUUGGUUAGGAAAAAACACAUUUGGUAUUUGACUGAGUUACAGCAUAUAUCUGUUAAAGGACUACAUUCCAUCUCGGAUCUCUCGUCUCUCUGAAAACUCUUUGAUCCAUGGCACUGGUGAGCGGCUGAAAGAUGCUGCGUGAAUCUUGAUAGUCUCCAGUGUGGAUACUGCGGAUGCCGCAGGAAUAAGGUGUCGGGAGGCGGUGGAAGAUAAGUCUCUAGUUGUCUGGUUCCCCGCUGCUGUAAAACAUGGUGAAAUAUGGCUACAAAAUAAAUCAUGAUAAAUCAUUCUUAGGCAAGGUGGAAUUUUAAGUUUGCUCUAGAAGGUUGUAUAUCCGAGGGUGGUGUGUUAGUGGUGGGUGUGUAAUAGAUUUUACAAGUAUUUUUCACCCCCCGGACCCUGUGCUGGAUAAAUAGUUGGAGACUGGAUGGAUGGAUAGAUGGAGGUAAAUUGUAUAUAAAAGGUCUUCACUCGGAACACGACUCUGUCAGAUUGUGGAUUCUGCCUAUCUUGCAGAUAGCGGGUGAUUCGAUCGUAAAUAACAGCCUGUACUGAAGCGAGAAUUUUGCUGAUUUGUUUAGCGAGGGAUGAAGAGGAAGAUCCGCCUCACUGUCUAAUCGUCCCCUCUCUCUCUGUCCGUCUCCCACGCACUGUUGCCCUGCAGAGAGCUCACCUCGCUCGCUGUGCUCUGGCAGUGUAUCGCUGAGUGCCGCUCUGCUGUCGGCUGAUAAACUCCCCAAAAUAUUACAUUUGCCAGGGAGCGUCGGUUGGUUUUAUCGACCCUGACAAACGUGUGUUUUUCGGUGAGUCCCUCUCUUUAGGUGAAGGACAUCGUUUUCUUUUCGCCCAAGUGCCACCAUAGUUGCCUAAUGCACCAAUGGGAUAUAAUGUAUGACAGUGACACUUAAGAAACUCUGUGUCACCAAUUGCAUUGUCAGUAGUGAGUUUUUUUUUUUUUUUUGGUGGUUUUAAAUGCAGAAAAAAGACAAAGAAGAGAAAGAAGAUCGAGCAUGACUGUUAAGACGAACACACCAAAUGUGUCCUAUAUGUGUAUAUGUCUGUGUGCUCUCUGCUGUGACGUUUCUCGCAUCACACCUGUAAAUGUCACAGUUACAGGCCCUGCCUGUUACACCUUAGCGGAAAUUCCAGUUCAAUCAACUCUCCAAUGGCGUGAAUCGGCAUCAUUCCUCAGCGUAUCACCAGUAGGUUACCAGUAGUACACAGACUUUUUAGUGCAUAGACUAUUUAAGCUACCCAAAAGACCAAGAAUUUUACUGUGAUUUCCUCUAGAGGGUAGAUACAUUAACUGCUGUAGGGUGGCAGCAUUGCAUGUUGGUGCAAAUGAAAAUGUUACAAAGAUGGAGGCAGAUGUUAUCAAUACAGCCCAGAAAUUCAUGUCAAAUGUAGUUCCUUGGAUGAAGAUCACUUAGAGUUUCAUGAGACAUCUGUCCAUUUUUAUUGUUUUUAAUUAUUAUUUUUUUAUGGAAAUAUCCCAAAGAUAACGUCAAUAAGGAGUUCUUGACAGAUGAAGACCUUGUAGGAUUUGAGUAAGAAGUUAUUAUUAUUAUUGGUGUCUUAUGCAGGUUUUGCUAUUCUAAACAUUUGGAUACUAUAUUCUGUUGUUCAACCGAAAGACCACGCCUGAGUUUCAAACAGGCACCUGUCUGGUCACCCCCAUAACCGCUGCAUGUCCUGCUGUCCCCCAGCCCCGGUGUGUGCUGCUGCUAUCACUGUGAAGGAAAAAGGGGACUUCUCUCAGAAUCCCGUCCUCCGUCCUUCUCGACCCUGUAACGAUACGGCCUCCUCGACCAGAGGUCCAAACACUGCUGUCAAGAAAUCUGCUGUGUGCGGAGACGUGUGUGUACAGCAGCGGCCCCCUCUGUCCCAGGGAGUCAGAGCAUGUUUUGCUUUUCCUGUUGUUUGAGAAUGCCAAAAAUUAAGCAGGGAAAAUGACGUCAGUGAUGCUAUGACAUUGUUUAUCGUUUGACUGUAACACGUGCCUGUUUCCUCACCCAGUAUGAAAGGAAAUAAUGUAAAAUGACAUAUAUGGACCUAUUUCUUUAAGAAUAAAUGUUGCAUUCACUAUGAAA